UUCAGUUGUCAUGUUUUUGCGCGUGUAGCACGUUCAGUCUACAUUUGGACAAUAUCAUGCAAUUAAAUUGAUUUGAAGAGUUAAGACACGAGCCAUAAGAAUGUAGAUAUUACUGUUCUGUCAAGACUUAGAUUUAAAUUAAAAAUUUCAUGAAAAUUUAGGAAAAUAUGGAACUAUUUUGGACGUUAAUAUUUGCAUUAGGAGUGAACUUUUCUUCGGCGAUGGAACGACAUUAUUACAUAGCAGCGGUGGAGGUAGACUGGAAUUACGCACCUUCGGGACGAAACCUGGCAUCGGCCGACAAUGAGUUAUCCCGGGAGAAAAUUGACUGUCGUAUAGACAGAAUUGGCAGUACCUAUAAAAAGGCAAUAUACCGGGGUUUUACAGACGAAACAUUUACAAAACCUGAUCUAGUUCCUGAAUGGGCGGGGCUUCUUGGACCGCCAAUUAAAGCUGAAGUGGGAGAUGUUGUGAUCAUUCAUUUCCAAAACUGGGCUUCUGGGAGCAACUUUAGUAUUCACCCUCAUGGUUUCCUUUACGAUAAAGCUAACGAAGGUGCUCUCUAUAUCGAUGGUACACGCGGAAGUGAUAAACAUGGCGAUGCUGUGCCACCAGGUGGCAGUGUAACAUACGUCUGGUUUGCUGAUAAGAUUCACGCGCCAACUCUUCAAGACGAUAACUGUGUUGGGUGGGGUUAUCAUUCUCACGUACGGGCAUCAAAAGACAUUGACACAGGCUUAGCUGGCAUAGCGAUAAUUUGUAGAAAGGGAAUGCUAGAUCAGUAUGGAAAUCGAUUGGACGUUGACAAGGAGCUCUAUUUAUACUCAGACAUAGCAAAUGAAAACAACAAUUGGUAUUUCGGUAAGAAUUUACACCGAUGUGGCGAUCCUAGGAUCUGUUGGCAUCUGAAGGAGACGAAAAAUACCAAAUUUAAAGAAAGCAACGACAUGUACCACAUCAAUGGUUUCAUUUACGGCAAUUUACCGGAUUUCCCCGUUUGCGAAGGUGAAAAUGUCGUCUGGUAUUUUAUGUCCUUGAACCUUGGAGUACAUACAAUACAUGCGAACGGACAGACAAUGAUUAUAGAUAAGAAACGUACGGACACAGUAGCCUUGCAGUCUGCAAGUUUUUACACCGGUUUUAUGACCCCAAUCAACCAAGGAAGAUGGCUUCUUUACUGCAGGAAUCAACACAGCUAUGCAGAGGGAAUGAUGGCAUUCCUGCGAGUGGAGCAAUGUCAAUCUCGAAAAGGUGUAACAAACUCUGCAUACAAAAAGACGGCUGUUCCAAGAAGAACACGAACUUAUUACCUUGCUAUUGAAGAAAUUCUUUGGGACUAUGCUCCAGGGCUGACAGGAUAUACAAUUCCAGGAUCAGAUAAGUUUUUGCAGCGUGGAAGACAACGCAUUGGCUCAGUUUACAAGAAAGCAGUAUAUCGGAAAUACACUGAUGAGACAUUUACUAUGCCUGCACCACGUGGAAAACGAGAAUUGCAUUAUAGUCUGGCUGGCCCGCCAAUCAAAGCCGAAGUCGGAGAGCGUGUCACCGUUGUCGUCCUCAACAGGGCAUCGAGACCGUAUUCUUUUCUUGCCAAUGGUGUUUCAAUAACAAAGGAAAACGAAGGAGCUUUCUAUAAAAACAGUCGAUUUGAUCAUCGAGAAACCGGUUUUAUUGUUAGUCCAGGCAGAGUCGGGAUGUAUGAAUUUGAUGUGCCGAAACAAGUUGCACCGACGCCAUUAGAUACAGACUGCAUCACUUACAUGUAUCACUCCGCCGUGGACUUGCGCAGAGACAUCUAUACCGGACUAUUUGGUCCUCUUCUUGUCUGUAAUCCAGGAAUUAUUUCACCUAAAGGAAAACAGAUUGGUAUUGAUAGAGAGUUCUUUUUGAACUGGAUGGUUAUAGAUGAAAACCUGUCCUGGUAUAUUGAUGAGAAUAUCAACGCUUUCACUGGUGAACCAUGGACAGUUAAUAAAGAGGACAGUCUGUUUAAACAGUCAAAUAAUAUGAGAGUGAUUAACGGACGUACAUUCGGGACACUUCAUGGGCUAAGUAUGUGUUUAGGCGACCGUGUUUCAUGGCAUAUGUACGGUCUGGGAGAAGAGUUCGAUCAUCAUCAUUUCAGUUUCGAGGGUAAUAAUUUCCUACAUGAUGGUCGAAAACUGGACACAUCUUCUGUGUUUCCUGGAAUUGGACAAACAGUGACGAUGAUUCCAGAUCAAGCAGGAAGACUAUUGCUACGCACCGGUCAGCUGGGUUAUGAAUCGGAGGGACUAUUUGCUUGGUAUGACGUCAUUGUGUGUACGGAUAAAUACCCUGCCAAGAUUCCCCCGCCUCGAAUUGUGCCAGUGGUUAAGGGAGUGAUACGGCGGUACUAUGUGGGUGUCAUUGAGAUUAUCUGGGAUUAUUGCCCGGAGAAAAUAGAUCCAGUAAAUGGAGAAAGUCUUUUUAAUCCUGACAAAGCAGCAUACAUAUUUGUCCGAGAUGAUCCAAUGUUUGUUGGAAGUGUUUACUAUAAGGCAAUUUACAGAGAAUUCACCGACGAAACUUUCCUACAUAUAAAACCAAGACAAGAUGAUGAAAAACAUCUUGGUAUCUUAGGGCCAUUUAUCCGUGGCAAUGUUGGAGAUACUAUUGAAAUAGUGUUCAAGAAUUUCGCUUCUUUUCCUUCCAAUAUUGUGCCAAGGAAUGUUGUAUUUAAAGAUGGUUCACCAAUAUCGUCAGCUUCACCAACUUUGCCAGGACAAAUCCGAAUAUACCGUUACUUAAUUCCGGAAAGAUCUGGUCCUCUUUUGAGCCAGCCAAAUUGUAUUGGCUCCUUGUACUCAUCUAGAGUCAGUCCAAUGAAAGAUACAUACAGCGGCUUGUUUGGGCCCUUUGUUAUUUGUAAAUCUGGUAUUCUUGACCUUUCUGGAAGGAGAACUGAUGAUGUCACAAAAGAGUUUGCCACCGCCUUUGUCAUCGUAGAUGAAAAUAAAAGUCACUAUCGCGACUUCAAUUUUGCGACCCGUGCCCCUGCUAGACGCAACACGUCGAAUAUAGAGUUUGUCCGAAGCAAUUCUUAUAACACAAUAAAUGGAUUUAUUUAUGGAAAUUUGAGAGGACUGGUAUUUAACCAGGGUGAAAAGUCAGCAUGGUAUAUUUUUGGACUUGGUUCCACUGCUGGUGUCCAUACUGUACAUUUCCAUGGUCAACUUUACUUGCGGACAGCUUCAUUAACGUUGAAACGAGAUGUGCUUGAACUUUUUCCGGGAACUUACGAGACUGUGGAAAUGUUUGCCUAUAAUCCGGGGACUUGGAUUUAUCAUUGUCACGUGAGAUUACACGCGACUGACGGUAUGAAAACCGUCUACACUGUUUUACCAAGAAAACAUAAACAAACGUUUGAAAAUUAUGCAGAUGUGAGGAAAGAUUUUCUUUUUAAAAAGAUACAAAAUACUCAAGGAUUUCAUAAGAUCGGAUAGAGGAUGCUAGACGGUCGGGUUCUAAGUUGUGAUGACAUAGGAAAGGCUCAAUCCUGUCAUUUAGCAAAUUUUGAAAUUAUAAUGGAAGAAUGUUUCUGUUUUUACUUAAAAGGAAUAAGUAACAACCUUUAUACCAACACCAAACAAGCUUUUCUUGUUUAUCUCUGGCACCAAUACUUAUCUUAUUGUGAAAAUUAAGAUGUACU